AUGAAAGCCCUAACAGUUACAACCACAUUAGCUGCACUUACUGGAGCCGUGUUGGAUUACACUCCUCUGGCAGAGAGUAAUAUGACAGCCUUGAUCAAUUGCCUGGGAACGGAAGCAGCCAAAUACAAAAUUAUCAAUGAAAGUAAUGUGACUGUUAUACUACCUAAUGUAGAACGUCUCCUAAACUUCCAAGGUGAGGAUGCACUCCUCCAUGCAUGUUGGCUAAAUCUUAAUACAAAUAGCAUCGCAGUAUUAGGACCUAAUGAAGGAUUUGAUUACUCCUCAAACAGUUCAMUGUCAAGUUAUGAUGGACCGGUCGGUAACGGUUUGCGCUACCACGAGCCGGAMAACAGAGGGAGCAUAGACACCUAUUAUUGUACAAUAGAUAGCCACUCAACCGCGACUAGCCAUGCUCAAAGCAAUCUAGUUAUGUAUGGCAUAAUAGAUAGCAAACCUUCUUAUUGA